GUCCAACUGAGAAAAGAUGGUGGCUCACUCCCGGGCAGUAACAAUGCAGAUGAGAAUGAAGUGUAUCUUGUGUUUACUGGUGUGGACUACAGACAGAGUGUGAAGAAAACAAACUGCACAUAAAUAUUAUUACCAGGACACCAAGGCUACAAAGACAUUUUUCAGCAUUUUCGUGACUCUGUAAAAUUAUGUGACUAGAGACGUCUUUUUCCCAAACAAUGGGGGAAAGAUCCCGAAGUCCAGAUAACGAUCAAGAAAGAAAAGGAGGCAAGCAUCCUCACUCUCACUACUCGUCGGAUUUUGGGUCCUCACCACAGUCUUCUGGCCCCUCAUCACCUAUCCACACGACGUCAUGUGCCAGUACUAGGGAGAAGAAUCCCAAAAGACACUUGUCAGACAACCAAGUGCAUCACCAAACUGUUAGGAAAGUGAGUCCUAAAGCUGUACCCAGCAAGAAGGGGGUCCAAGUGGGAUUUCGGUCCCAAAGCCUCAACAGAGAGCCACUUCGGAAAGAUCCAGAUAUUGUAACAAAGCGGGUUCUUUCUGCAAGACUUCUGAAAAUCAACGAGCUGCAGAACGAAGUGUCUGAACUACAGGUCAAGUUAGCCCAGCUGCUCAAAGAAAACAAGGCUUUGAAAAGUCUUCAGUAUCGUCAGGAGAAAGCACUGAAUAAGUUUGAAGAUGCGGAGAGUGAAAUCUCACAACUUAUACACCGCCAUAACAAUGAGAUUACUGCGCUCAAAGAACGCUUAAGAAAAUCUCAGGAGAAGGAGCGGGCGACGGAGAAAAGAGUGAAAGACACAGAAGGUGAACUAUUUAGGACGAAAUUUUCCUUACAGAAACUGAAAAAGAUCUCCGAGGCCAGACACCUACCAGAGCGAGACGAUUUGGCCAAGAAACUGGUUUCAGCAGAGUUAAAAUUAGACGACACCGAGAGAAAGAUUAAGGAGCUAUCAAAAAACCUGGAGCUGAGCACAAACAGUUUCCAGCGGCAGUUGCUUGCUGAAAGGAAAAGAGCAUUUGAGGCUUAUGAUGAAAAUAAAGUUCUUCAAAAGGAGCUGCAGAGGCUCCAUCACAAGCUGAAGGAGAAGGAGAGAGAAUUGGAUAUAAAAAACAUCUAUGCUAAUCGCCUGCCCAAAUCCUCUCCAAAGAAGGAGAAAGAAAUUCCAAAGAAACAUGUAUCCUGCCAGAGUGACUUUACAGACCUGUGUACAAAAGGAGUACAGACCGCUGAAGACUUUGAGCUGGAAGAGUUUCCUUUCACAGCACAGACAGUCCUGUGUUAUGAAAACAGAUGGGAUGGGCCGGAAUAUCUUUCUUCGUACCUGGAAUACCAGGAGCGAAACGAACAUGGAUCAGAGAUUCUAAGUUCAGUUUUGGAACAAGAAGGAAAGUACAGUGAAGAUCAGGACUCAUGUUCUGCAAAGCAGGAGGCGGGGAAGCCUGAGAGUGAGUGGGAAAGAGAAGAGCUUGAUAAGGUGAAAGGCAAGCCAUCUCUGCUAGGCAGAGCAGAGAAGCUGGCGUUGGAAGCUGGAAGGUUACCAGUGGAAAAUUAUCAAACUCAGUCUGUUGAUAAAUUUGAAGAUGAGGCAGAAAGACUAAAGACAGAAAUGCUUCUUGCCAAACUGAACGAGAUCAACAAAGAACUCCAGGAUCCUCAGAGCCUCAACCGGCCUUUGCCGUUGCUACCCAACUUCGGAUCCAAGCUGCACUCUCCAGACCGACAGCCCCAGACCUACUCGUUCCCUGAGUCCUCGGACAGAUCAUUUAGUGGACAACACUUGCCGGACAUGAGCUUUUUAACUCCCAGGGGGGAAGGCUGGAGUCCAGGACCCAUCCGAAGCCCAGCCCCUCCAGAUGAGUUUUCAUUUGGUAGCUAUGUGCCUUCAUUUGGAAAAACCGGGAAGUCGAAUCCACCUAGCCAAAAAAGUAGCCUUUUAGAUUUCCAGAGCAACAGUUCUGAAAGCCUGAGUAAAGACAAUCUAGACUUCAUCUCGAGGAAAGAGAAAAAGGCGACACUGAUGGAGCAGCUGUUUGGCCCCAGGGCCAGCAACACCACUGUCUCCUCCAAGAGCACUGACUCACAUUUCCCUGCUGCCGGCAGAGACGACUUGGACCCUCUUCAUUUCCUCUCUGGGGACAGAAGCAGCAGAGUCCGGGAGCCUGAUGAUGAAAAUGAAAACCUUUUCCUCAGCGAAGGAAGAAGUUUUAAUCCAAAUAGACACCGGCUGAAGCACACAGCUAACAAGCCAACAGUCACAGCCGUUGACUCUGCUGACGAGGACAUUGAAGAGGUCACCCUCAGAUGACUGACUGGAGUCAGCCGUUGACUCUGCUGACGAGGACAUUGAAGAGGUCACCCUCAGAUGACUGACUGGGGCACACAGAGUAUAUAUAUUUUUUCAAUUGUAAAUAUUAAAGUAUUUUAAUACAGUAUUUAUUAUAAACAUUUAAACUUUCAAUGGUAAAAUAGCCUUAGUAGGGAGUAAUUUUUAGUGGCUAACUGUGGCAUAAUUAAACAAAGCCACUUGCUAAGAAUGCUUUUUUUGUUUUGAAAUGAACCAAAAAGGAGAGUUGUUGCUUACAGUUUUUCUAUGUGUACAGCUAGGCCUCACUGAGCUAGCGCUGUGGGAAGUUUUGCUUCACUAGAAUCUUCCUUGUUUCUUUUCCUUCUAUUUUUGAUCCAACCUCAGGGAGCCUAAGUGUUGUUUUCCCACUGAUGGCUAGGUGGAAACUGAGGGUCUCCAGAAGGAUUAAAGACCUCAGGUGGCAGACAGCAGUGGGACUUAAGAGCUGUGCCCUUGUCUGAGGUGAUAGAGCCAAGCCACUCUUGAGUAGAAAUGGCAAUAAUGUUGGGACUUCCUUUUCUUGUGGAGACAUCCCUGGGUACUAAAGUGUACACUGGGCAGUUACUCCUGAGGAGUGAUUGGUACUCCUCAGUUGCAGGCCUGAAGUCACUCACUGCUGCUUUGCCGACCACUUGCGUGAAUCACGGGAGAGCACAGGAGACUCUGUGGCUGCAGGAAGCUAGCGGACACUGUCCUUCCUCUCCUCUUCUGUACACUCUGUAUUCUGGUGACCAGGUGGAAGAUUCCCUACCAAAUACAGGCAGUAGAAGAAGUGCCAGCCCAACACAGAAUGAUUUUCAACUCAAUUAUGUUUCCAGAGUGAUAUGUUUGGAAAUUUCAAUACCUAUUUUUUAAGAUUUGAACUUGUGCUCAAACUCAGGAGACAUCAGUGUGCUACUCUUGGGUUUACAGGACUGAUGUUGAUGCAACCUCACAAAGAUGUUUUUAGAAUUGGGGCUCCUGCAUUGCUGAGUAGAUGCAAUAGUUUUCUGUUGAAAGGCAUAGGUUUUCCUUCCACUCAGUUCAGGACAGCUGCAGAGGCAUUUGUUGACUUGGUCUGGUCUGUUGGAGCAGUAAUUGAUCAGCUGAGGAGAAACACUGUAUGUCACGUGGGUAACCUGAGCAGUAUAUCCAUUUGUUCAUAGCGUGCAUCUUAUGCAGGGCAUACAUACUGAUUGGGGGAUAGAGUUGCCAUGGUGUCUGGGUUCUUCUGCUGAUACUUGAUAAGACCUUUCCUGGUCAGUCCUAACUCGCAGCUUUACUGCCUGUGGCCCCCCUUCCCCCUGGAUUGGGUUCUUGUCGGUUUUUUGGAAACAAACUCUCCUCAAAGUGCUAAAUAAUAUUUAAAACUUUUCUCAAAAGAAGAUUUUAGGUCUUCUGUGAAUAAGCAUUUACUAUAUUGCAAAUCAUUGUAAUAUAUGUAAACAUGUUAUUUGUGAUACAGUUCUUGAUAAAGCAUUAUGUAAUGUUAAUUUUUUUUGUGGCUAUAAGUUUUCUACCAAAGUAUUCUAAUUUUAAGGUUUUUACAUUGUUUUUUUUUCCAGAAAAAUUUUUAUUCAUUACUUUCAUUAUAUUUAUGCCUUUUUCUACUUGAAAGUCUACUUAACCCAAUGAAACAAAGGAUUAUUAAAAUUAAGCUAAAAGCUUAAAGGCAUUAUGAUGUUUAGUAUUAAAAUUUGAUAUUAAAAUGUACAGAACUUAGAGAGCAAAUCAGUUUUUUUCUAAAUGUCAAGUUAAAUUUAUUUGUACUCAGAACUCUUAUUAAUAAAACGUUAAAACACA